UAGCCAGCUGUCAUUUACUCACUUUAUGUUUGUUUUUAUUUUGUGAAAAUUCCGAUCCCUUCCGUUUUCCGUCUUUUUCCGUUUUUUUCAUCUUUCUUAUUAAAUAAUUCUGCUUUAGAACAAAAUGUGAAAAAUUCUAUGGAGUAUUGGUUCAUCAAGUUUUAUUCCCCCAUGUGUUCUCACUGCCAUGUUAUGUCAACAAACUGGAGGCAACUUGCACAAGAACUGAAUGCUGUGAUAAAAGUAGCAGCUGUAAAUUGUGAAGAAGACUGGGUCCUCUGCCGUAAGGAAGGAAUCUCAUCGUAUCCUUCACUUGUUUUAUAUCCCAAUAAAGAUAAAUACUAUGGGGAGAGGACUCCUGAAGACAUGCAGAACUUUGUUUUGCAUAAACUACCUACUCAAGCAACUGAAAUUUCUAACUACAAUAUCCUUAAGGAACUCGUUGACGAAGAAAGUCUAGAGAAUAUCAGGGCAAAGUUAAACGAAGAUCUCGGCCAAGAUUGGCUCAUUUAUUUUACAGAAAGCCAAGAUUCGUCUCGCUUCACCGAUCUACAGUAUAGACGACUACCUGCCCUCUUACCUCAUAUAAAAUUAGGUCACAUCAAUUGUAAUAUGUCUGAAGAACUUUGCAAAGAAAAACAUUACAUCACAAAGUAUCCGACAUUUGCUACUUUCAAGCGAGGUGGAGCGGUAGAGAUGCAUGUCGGUGGAGUGAGUGUGUCUGAAGUAGUGAAUUUUGCACGAAACAGCAUUUGGGCACCUAAUCUGGAAACUCUGAAUCCGAGUUCGUUUCCCAGUUGUCUCAAAGAUGGACACCCUUGGGUUGUUGACUUUUACGCUCCGUGGUGCCCACCUUGUAUGCGUCUUAUUCCUGAAUUCAGAAGAGCCAGUAGUCUGGUUGGUGGCAUAGUAAAAUUUGGCUCUCUGGAUUGCUCCGUUUACCGCGACCUCUGUGCCUCUUAUGACGUUCGCUCAUAUCCAACAAUAAUCUUUUAUAAUUAUUCAACUCCACAUGCGUACACUGGUCAGUUUGUCAGCCGUGAUAUCGCCACAUUUGUUGAAGAUGUUCUUCGCCCUCCAGUGGUUGAUUUGACGAUCGACAAUUUCGAGUCGCUGGUGUUGAACAGACCCGUGACAGAAAUAUGGCUGGUGGAUUUUUUCGCUUCGUGGUGCGGUCCUUGCAUUCAGUUGGCACCCCAGUGGCGUUCACUUGCCAGAAUGCUCGGCCCAUUAACUAACAUCAACGUCGGAUCAGUGGAUUGCGUCACCCAGGAAUUGCUCUGUACACAACACAAUAUUCGUUCCUAUCCAACCAUUCGGAUGUAUGUUAUGGGAGGACGCUCUGGUGAAAUCAUUACCUACAACGGCUUCCAGCGGGACGCAUAUUCGCUACGCAGCUGGCUGGUCAAUUCGCUACCAUCGUCGGUUUACGCUCUGGGCGAUUACAACUUCGCGGACCUGGUGCUCCGUUCCAGUACUCCUUGGGUGGUUGACUAUUACGCGCCGUGGUGCGGUCCUUGUCAAGUGUUUGCAGUGGAAUUCGAAUUAGCCGCCAAGCAACUGGACGAUGGCCGCCGUCUGAAAUUUGCCAAAGUCAAUUGUGAUAGCUUCCCAAAUGUGUGCCGAAAUGCUGGCGUUCAAUCCUACCCGACUGUGCGAUAUUAUCCGGGUAAAACGGGAUGGUCGCAUCAGAGUCCCUUCGGCAUCCCGUUUGUCAACGACCGCAGAAAAGUGGAGGACCUCGUGGAGUGGCUCGAAGAACUCCUGGUUUCUCAUUCUCCUAGUGCCUCUGAUAACAAAGUUGCUUCCAGUCGUGACGAGCUCUAAGUCACUAACCUGAUCUUGUCAAAAUAUUUUUCCGAUCAAUCUCUUGCACACUCGCCAAAUCAAAAUCUCACUUUAUACAAUUUUGUUAUUUUCCCAAUGAAAAAUGAAUUGUGCUUAUUGCAUACUUAAGAAACGCUUUUUUGCCUGUUCUGCCCAUACUUAAUAAAAAUGUUUUUGGAUUAUACGAAA